AGUGUGCUGGACUUUGAAAACUAGCAUGCAGGCGGCCGAGGGGUUUCGAUAUCGUGGGGGCUCCAGGGAGAAGCGGCUCGCCGGCGCCCCGGGCUGCUGAGCUCUCGCCGCCUGCGUUCCCGCGGCGCGGCUACAGGGCCAUGCUGGCUUCGCGCGUGGUGCGCGGCUCGUGGGGAGCCCUGCGCGGCGUCACCUGGGAGCCGGGGGCGCGGCCGGGCAAGGGGCGAGCUCGCGGGGCCCUGCUGCCGCCCGUGCCCAGCUGCCUGGGCUGCCUGGCAGGGCGCUGGUGGCUGCGCCCAGCCGCGCUCGGCUUGCGGCUGCCUGGGGUCGGCCCGCGGGGCCACUGCUCGGGCGCGGAGAAGGCGGCCCCCAGGUCCGCGCCCGGAGAGGACGCCGCCGCCGAGGCCCGGGGCGGCCCCGCGAGCGCCGCCAGCCUGUAUGAAAACCCAUGGACAAUCCCAAAUAUGUUGUCAAUGACAAGAAUUGGCUUGGCCCCAGUUUUGGGCUAUUUGAUUAUUGAAGAGGAUUUUAAUAUUGCUCUAGGAGUUUUUGCUUUAGCUGGGCUAACUGAUUUGUUGGAUGGAUUUAUUGCUCGAAACUGGGCCAGUCAAAAAUCAGCUUUGGGAAGUGCUCUUGAUCCACUUGCUGAUAAAAUACUUAUCAGUGUCUUAUAUGUUAGCUUGACCUAUGCAGAUCUUAUUCCAGUUCCACUUACUUAUAUGAUAAUUUCAAGAGAUGUAAUGUUGAUUGCUGCUGUUUUUUAUGUCAGAUAUCGAACUCUUCCAACACCGCGAACACUUUCUAAGUAUUUCAAUCCUUGCUAUGCCACUGCUAGGUUAAAACCAACCUUCAUCAGCAAGGUAAACACAGCAGUCCAGUUAAUCUUGGUGGCAGCUUCUUUGGCAGCUCCGGUUUUUAAUUAUGCUGACAGCAUUUAUCUUCAGAUACUGUGGUGUUUUACAGCUUUUACCACAGCUGCAUCAGCUUACAGUUAUUAUCAUUAUGGUCGGAAAACUGUUCAGGUGAUAAAAGGCAAAUGAAAGUCAUCCAUCAUUAUUAGCAAGGAAGCAAUACACGUCAUCGGCAGCAGGGCCAGUGGAAAUCUACAGGAGUUUCGCCAUUUUCGUGUUCAGCUUGAAAAAGGACUUGUCAGAACAAACCAUGUCAUCAAAAUUGAAGUAAUAUGCAUUGAAAAUAAGCUUGAUCAUGGGCAAAUGCAGAAUUUCCAAUGUAUUUUUAAAUGCAAAUAAAACUAUAAUUUAGAAUUUUUUUA